AUGAUCAUGGCGCAGAAACUUUUUGGGGAUUUGUUCACAAAAGAAAUCCAUGUCUUCAAGGAAAAGUUCGGCCCAAAAUUUAAGAACUAUGAGGAAAUUCUCGCUGAUACGUCGUAUGUGUUCACCAACUCAAAUCCAUACCUGGACUAUCCUCGUCCUAUGCUCCAUAAAACUGUACCUAUUGGUGGAAUCGCUGUCCAUAUUGAUCCCAAGAAAAAUGAGCUGUCAAAGAAGUGGGAUAGCAUACUGAACGAGAGAAACACGACUGUACUGGUCUCAUUCGGUUCAGUGGCCAAGGCAAUCUACAUGCCAGAUGAGUACAAAGAAAAUCUCCUUGAAGUUUUCAAGAGCAUGCCUGAAACAACGUUUAUAUGGAAAUACGAAGCCGAAGGCUCCCAAAUAGCUGCUCAGCUCGAGAAUGUUCACGUUAGCACGUGGGUACCACAGAACGCUCUUCUCGCCGAUCCCCGCCUUACGGCUUUCAUCACUCAUGGAGGCUUAGGCAGCACCACAGAACUCGCUCAUUUGGGAAAGCCCGCGAUACUGACAAGAAAUGCCCAUAUGCUUGCGAAACACGGUGGAGGUAUCGUUCUAUCUAAGUUUGCUCUGGAGCAUCCUCAGAUGCUCACGAAAGCUCUCAAAAAAAUCUUCAAUGACGCAAGCUUCUCUCACAAUGCCAAGCGGCUGUCGCAGAUGCUUCUGAAUCAACCAAUCAGUGCAAAACAACUUCUCGUCAGACACUGCGAAUUCGCAGCUAAAUUUGGACGUCUGCCGAAUCUCGACCCUUAUGGAAGGCAGCUGUCUUUCUUCCAGUAUUAUCUGAUCGAUCUAGUACAUCUCUCCUUCUUUGCAGCAACUGUCCCAGCAGGAGAACCACAGAGCUUAUCAAGUCGCACUGAUCCUCGCCUGACCGCCUUCAUCACUCACGGAGGUUUGGGGAGCACCACUGAGCUAGGCAAACCUGUAAUACUGGUAAGCUGCGCUCAAAAACUUCUGUUAAUCAAUGUUAUCCAUACCGUGAGACAUUUCACCGACAAGCAUAAAUGCCCAUAUGCUAGCCAAGCACGCGGUGGCAUUAUUUUGAACAAGUUUGCGCUGGAGCAUCCGCAAGUACUCAAGACUUUUUUGAAAAGGAUCUUCGAUGAAGCGAGCUUUUCCAACAACGCUAAGCGACUGUCAGAAACGCUUUUGAAUCAGCCGAUCAGUGCCAAGCAACUUCAGAUACAGCGAGUUUGCCGCCAAGUAAGUUGA